UCAUAUAUAUAUCCUCAUAAAUUUUCUUUAUAAAUUAUUCAUUAAAAAAAGUUUCUUUAUAAAUCAGUAAAGCCCUGAAAUAAUAAUGGAUGCUCAAGAUCAUGUAAGAUAUGUUACGGUUGGUGGUGAUAGUAGCAAAAGUAGAGCAAUUUGCAAGUGUGGGGAAGGGUAUAAAUGUGUGAUAACUAGGAUAAUUGGACCUGAUGCUGGCAAGACCUAUAGUUGCAAUGGAAAUUGCACUUGUAUCAUAGGUGAAAAAGAAGAAGAAGAUUUAAAAUUGCAAGAAAAGUUAGAAAGCCUAAGUAAAGACGGCGCAUAUUGUGAGAGUGGCGAAGGAUGGAGCUGUAUCAUCACCAAAAAUGAAGGUUCUGAUGCAGUCAAGCCCGGAUUUGAAUGUGCUGGAGAUUGCUCUUGUGUCAUUGCCGGAUGAACAGAAACCUUUCAUGACAUGGUGAAAUCAAAUUAUGUUAUUGUCAAUAUGUAUAUAGUAAAAUUAUAUAAAUAUAUGUUCGAAAAAAAUAAAAUCAAAUCUGAAUUUUUCAGGUUAUAUGUAGUGUGGUUUGUAAUAAAAGUAAUUGAAUGUUUGAUUUGAGAUAUAUAUAAAUAAAGAGGGGAUGCUUAUUUGCAAUUA